AUGGACAAUAAUGUUGGUGUUUCACUUCUGGUUGAAAACGUGCAAGAACUAGCUUCCAAGAACUCGAAAGAAAUCCCUCAUCGGUACAUCCGAUCUGCAUUAAUCCCUGCAGAUGAAGUUUCGGUCAAUGAUUCAUGGCAAAUUCCAGUCAUUGAUAUGAGCAAGGUCAACUCCCAUGAGUAUCAGACUGAAAUGUCAAAGCUUCAUCAGGCUUGCAAGGAUUGGGGAUUUUUCCAGUUGACAAAUCAUGGAGCAACAACAGCGAUCGAAAAUAUGAAUGCGGCUACGCAUGAGUUCUUUAAGCUGCCAUUAGAAGAGAAGAUGGUUUAUUCACAACAGCCUGGUAGUUUUGAAGGAUAUGGUCAAGCAAGUUUCAAUUUGGAGGAUCAAAAACUCGAUUGGAACGACAGGCUCUUCAUUUAUACCAUUCCAGCUUCUGCUAGGAAAAUGAGAUUCUGGCCUACCAAUCCCACAUCAUUCAGAUCAAGCUUGGAGGAAUACUCGCGAGAGUUGCAAAAGAUCUGCAUCAGACUUCUUGAAUUAAUGGCUGUGAAUCUCGGGGUGGAAUCCAAGGAAUUCGUCAGCAUGUGUCAGGAAUGCACACAAUCAAUAAGAAUCGCCUGCUAUCCACCUUGUUCUCAACCUGACAAGGUUUUGGGUAUCACUCCACAUUCUGAUCCAGUCCUACUUACCUUAUUGGUUCAAGUCAACGAAGUGGAAGGUCUCCAAAUCCGGAAAAAUGGUAAAUGGGUGCCUGUUAAACCUCUUCCUGGAGCCAUCAUUGUAAACACUGGCGACGCCAUGGAGGUAAUGACAAAGUUGGUGUUUCACAUCGGGUUGAAAAAUGUGCAAGAGCUAGCUUCCAAGAACCUGAAAGAGAUCCCACAUCGAUUCAUCCGAUCUGAAAUCAGGACGGAUGAUGUUUCAGUCAACGAGUCAUCACAAAUUCCAGUCAUUGAUAUGUGCAAGCUUGUUGCUGGUAACGCCGAAUAUGAAACUGAAAUGUCGAAACUUCAUCAGGCUUGCAAGGACUGAGGAUUCUUUUUUUAAGACCCAUAUUCUGCAUUUAGUAUUCGUUCUUUGUUCAUGAAAUCUGACGAUGCCGGUUGGCUACAACAAUUCCUGAAGCCGCAUCCUUGCAAAACCCUGCAUGAGGCAAUGAAGAAUGAGUUGAUGCAUCUUGGCCUUGAACAACUCCCUUUGUUCGGGCCUUUGUGUAGCGCCAUCUCCCAAAUGGGUUCACCCUUGCAAAUCACCGCCUUUGAAGGGGAUGCUCCAACGGUGCUAUCCACUGAGCCUGGGGAAGAGAUUCGAGUACCAGAGCUUGACCAAGAUUUUAUUGGUGUCGAGCUGGUUUCUGAUGAAGAGUCCUCAGAGAGAGUCGAGGAAGAUGAAGAGGAGGAGCGGGAGCCUGAAGUCGAGAAGGAUCUGGCAGGCGAGAAAGAGGUUUCAUCGACUCAGGAUCCUACCGAGGAAACCAGUGAGAGCCAACCAAAUGUCCUGCCCAACCCAAAUACUGUAUGAGCCCCU